AUGGAUGUCAACAACCUCUUCAGCGUCAAGGGCAAAGUCGUCCUCGUCACCGGCGGCGCCAAAGGCAUCGGCCGCAUGAUCUCCGAGGGUUUCGUCACCAACGGCGCCAAAGUCUACAUCUCCUCGCGCGACGCGAAGGCGUGCGACGCCGCCGUCGCCGAGCUGAACAAGGCGGGCCAGGCCAGCGGCGGCACUGCGCACGCCAUCCCGGCCGACUUCUACAAGGAGGAGGAGUGCAAGCGGCUCGCAGCCGAGCUGGGCCGGCGCGAGGAGAAACUGCACGUGCUGGUCAACAACUCGGGCUCCAACUGGGGCGCGCCCUACAACGAGUACCCGGAGUCGGCGUGGAUCCGUGUGCUCACGCUCAACCUGCACCGUGUCUUCACCAUCACCCAGCUAGUGACGCCGCUGAUGGAGAAGGCUGCCAGCGACGGCGAUCCGGCGAGGGUUAUCAAUAUUGGUUCGGUGGAUGGGCUGAGGGUGCCUGCGCUCGAGACGUUCGCGUAUUCGAGCAGCAAGGCCGGCUUGCACCAUCUGAGCCGUGUGCUCGCGAACCACCUCGGCAAGAGGAAUAUCACCUCCAACACUCUUGCCUGCGGUCCGUUCGAGUCGAAGAUGAUGGCGGCGACGCUGGAGAAGUAUAAGGAAGAGAUCGAACGGGGCAUUCCACUGCACCGCAUUGGCAGCCCUGAGGAUGUUGCGGGCGCCUGCCUUUUCUUGUCCAGCAAAGCUGGCAGUUAUGUCAACGGAGCGACCAUCACUUUGGACGGUGGUAGCGUGAUCAGUGCGAAGCUUUAA